GCCUCCCUCCCACCGCCUCUGUCUCCCUCUCUCCACGAACUGCCCAGGAGCGAGCAGCUGCUCCCGGUUGGCCCUGACGGACAGACAAAUCGACAGCCUGACAUCCUAGUCCACCAACUAACCAGCCUGCACCUGGCUGCUUGCCCCUCCCCAGGAACAUUGACCAUGCGUCCCCUGUGGCUACUCACCUUGCUGCUGGCCCUGAGCCAGGCCUUGCCCUUUGAGCAGAAGGGCUUCUGGGACUUCACCUUGGAUGAUGGGCUGUUCAUGAUGAAUGAUGAGGAGGCUUCAGGCUCAGACACCACUUCAGGUGUCCCUGACCUGGACUCUCUCACACCUACCUUCAGUGCCAUGUGUCCUUUUGGUUGCCACUGUCACCUGCGGGUUGUUCAGUGCUCUGACUUGGGUCUGAAGACUGUGCCCAAGGAGAUCUCACCUGACACCACACUACUAGACCUGCAGAACAAUGACAUCUCUGAGCUCCGCAAGGAUGACUUCAAAGGCCUCCAGCACCUCUAUGCCCUGGUCUUGGUAAACAAUAAGAUCUCCAAGAUCCAUGAGAAGGCCUUUAGCCCUCUGCGGAAGCUUCAAAAACUCUACAUCUCCAAGAACCACCUGGUGGAGAUUCCUCCCAACCUGCCCAGUUCCCUGGUAGAGCUACGAAUCCACGACAACCGUAUCCGCAAAGUGCCCAAGGGCGUGUUCAGCGGGCUCCGGAACAUGAACUGCAUCGGUGAGACUAGUCUGUACUUUGGCAUCAGGCAUAAAGGAGACAGGUAGAGGGCUGUCACAUGUAGUCAUGGAAAAACCCUGUGUACCUCAGAAUAUCUCCCUGAGACCCUGAAUGAACUUCACCUGGACCACAACAAAAUCCAGGCUAUUGAGUUGGAGGACCUACUUCGCUACUCCAAGCUGUACAGGCUGGGCUUAGGCCACAAUCAGAUCCGGAUGAUUGAGAAUGGGAGCCUGAGUUUUCUGCCUACCCUGAGGGAACUUCAUUUAGACAACAACAAGCUGUCCCGGGUGCCUGCUGGCCUCCCAGAUCUCAAGCUCCUCCAGGUUGUCUAUCUGCACUCCAACAACAUCACCAAGGUGGGCAUCAAUGACUUCUGUCCCAUGGGCUUCGGAGUCAAGAGGGCCUACUAUAAUGGCAUCAGCCUCUUCAACAACCCUGUGCCCUACUGGGAAGUGCAGCCUGCCACCUUCCGCUGUGUCACUGACCGCCUGGCCAUCCAAUUUGGAAAUUAUAAGAAGUAGAGGCAGUGGUAGCCACCAUGGUGGCCUUGGUGAGAGUCUCUGAGGAACAUAGCCAGAUGUUCCACAGGGGAAAGGGAAGCAAAGAAGCAACACCUUUGUUCCCCAAUAUUAACUCACUACCCCACCACAGCUUCCCCCUGGCUCCUAAGCAUGCAUAUAUGCACAUGGCCUGGCCCCCUCACCCAUUCCCCUCAGCCUUUGAAAUUUAACACUCACCAACCAUGUCUGCUCAGAGACUGCCUAUAAAUCUUUCUUCUUGCUCAUCCUGCAACUCAGAUGUUUAUGGAAAGAGAGGCUAGCAAGGAUAGAGCACACUGCCACGCUACUGUUCCAUCCAGGCAUGUGUUCCUCCUCUUCCACGUCUGACUUCCAGCUCUCCUGGGCUCUGCUUGGUGCCUUAUCCUCUGGUGUUCUCUCUUCAACAAGUUCACUACCUGCCCAUCCCAGCUACCACCUGGCUCUGCUAACUUCUAGAUCAUUCCUUCUCUCUAACCCUGUUAUGCUUCCUGGCACUUUUCUUCCUUCUGGGGUUAUUGAUCUGUCCCUUGCCAUCUCUGGACCUAGUUCAUAUCUCUCUGUCUUUGUCUCUUUCUGUAUCUCUUUGCCUAUAUCUUUGUCUGUCUCUAUUUCUGUCUCUGUCUCUGUGUGUCUCUCUGUCUUUGCAUCUGUCUCUCUCUGACACCACACACACACACACACACACACACACACACACACACACACAGACACACACACACUGAUUGUCUGCCCCAGGCUGCUUUCUGCUUCACAGGCCUCUGGCCAGUCCCUGCACAAACAAAUAUGGGGAAACUAUCUUCCUGAUUGCCCUACCCAGCACUUGACCUCCAGCCCUGGAGGAAGCUGGAAGGUGGAAGCCCAGAAUCCUGUCCAUAUUGUCCAGGAAAGGGGUUCAUCCUCUGCUAUCAAGAUGAGAAGCAGGAAGCCUCCUAGCUCCUGGAGAGGCUCAGCAGGCCAUCAGAACCCCCCAGAACCAGUUUGCAUUGGCCCCUGCCCUCUCCCCAAGAUGGCUAGGUCCCCUCCCUCACCCUUGGGUCCCUGCUGUGGUAUGAGGUGGUGGUCAGUUGCACCCAGCAAGAGGGAGUGCUGCUUAUGAGGUCAGUUGUCUCUCAAUUAAAGAAACACUGUGCAAUACAA